UCACAGUCUCCACGCCCAGAUCUAGGAUGGCCUGUAGGCCACCAUCUAGGGCCGGAAGGGCAGCUUUGGCAGCGCGCACAACGUCGAAAGGGCCGCCUAGUUCUAGCCAACCUCCUCAGGAUAACCCGGAGCCUAGUGGCGAGAAGGAGGCGGUGGAAGUUCCGAAAGAUGAGGAGGACGAGGAUGAGAAGUUAAUGCGAGAAGAAGAUAAGAAAGCCGACGAAAGGGCAAAAAAGAGAGGCGCAAGGACCGACACUGACAAASACYAGAAAGGAAAGAAGAAAAAAUAUAYGGUCCGGCUGGAGGAAGGUUUCGACGUGGAGGGCAUGGUAGACAGGCUCCUUGACGGCCAUAAUGACCUGCUGAACCUGAAAGACAUCCUCGCCUCUGCUCCGAAAUUGCGGGAUGAGCUGAAGGCUCGUUUGUCCAGAAGGGCACGUCAGAUUGGCGCCAUAGAGGACAGAGUUGAGGAGGCGGCAAGUAGGGUGGGUGGCAGUCGUACCAAGGACAAGUUCGGGUGGGAUACGAUGGCAAGAGUGAGGAGAGAGCCUCUCAAGGUGGGGGACAUUGUGCUGCUAUAUGACUCAUCCUUAGAGAAGCAGUGGUCGCGGAAGUUGGACAAGAGGUGGUUGGGACCAUACAAGGUCGCAAGGAGUGGUGAGCAUGGAGCCUACCAAAUUGAGGAGUUGAAUGGGACAGCAUGGAAAGACAAGGUGUCAGGCUCGAGGUUAAAGAAGUUCGUCGCUCGAGACGAGGAGAACAACCUGGCAGACCUCAGCCCAGAGAGAAGUCCUGCAAAUGCAGAGAGACCUGGCACCCUUGACGUGUUUGGAGGAGUGCCGAAGAUGGUGCUUCAGUACCACUUGCGAGUUGCAGCCAACUUGACCGCACUUCUGCAGAGUGCUCUACGUACACAUAGCCUGGAUUGUGUCCCUUCAUUUGACUACGGCAUACCCUACUUUCGAAAGUCUGUGAUGGUGAGCCGACAGACGAACAAGAUCAAGGCAGUCGUGCGGUUGCUUUAUGGAAGUGGUGAUGCAAUCAGCAGCCAGAAGGAUGGUGCCAGGUGUCUCAUUGGCAUGUGGUCUAUGGAGGAUCCCCCCUACAAACCUGGAUUUGUAGAAGAUAGAGCCACUAAGCUCGCUACUACAGCUGCAACACGUGAACGUAGGUGUUGUAGUCAUGGUUGUCUCCAAUCACAGUCCUUCCAGCCACUUGUGCAGCUAGCGGUGGCUGUCUGGACACGCGUGAAGAUUUUAAAUGAGCCUGAACACAACCGAGCUUCUUGGAUCGCUGAAAACAAAGUUGUUGUCGAUCACAUGGAGGGACAUCCAUUUCACAGUGGCUCCGCUGUCGACUGGGACCAAAGAGCAGAGGCACYRUGGUCAAGAURCGGCUGUCCCGAGGUUGGUGAAACUCUGCAUUCCUUGGUGUGCGACAUUGCCAAUAUGUUGCAAAGGUUGUCACUGAUUGAGGAUGAAGAGGAGGGGGAGAGGGAGGAAUGGAUGAUUGUCAUGGCCUUGCUCAUGGAUCAGGUGUGGCUAAUGCCAAAGCCAUUAAUUAUUGGUUCGGAGAGGGUUUGGAAGGCCGUAGUGGACACCUAUGCCCCUACACAGGACCAAUGGCAUAGACUGCCUGGGGAUCCAGAUCUCAUAUUUGACGGUAUUGCAGAAAAAUACAUGAUUCGCAGUGGUGGGGCCACAUUAGGCUUUGCUGAACAGGUGGCACAUAAGAAUAUCCAACUGAAUGCGGAUGACGCCAGCAAGUCAUUGGCUAGAGUGGCAUCUUGGCUGAGGAAACAUCCCAGACACAUGAAAGUGGCUGGAUUGAUAUGGCAGAAAAGGCCCUUCAUCAAGUUGCAGUAGCCUUCAAGUUGCUCAUUGUGCAUGCUUGGGAGGUGACCGUUGUGACCAUAGCCUAGAUAGCCUGGAUAUAAGAGUUAUUCUGCAUGUCCUAAGACACUGUCUGUUCCAAUUCCACAGAGCUUUCUAGCCACUUCACCCUUCCUCGGCCGUCUGAUAUAGCACGGUUGAAGUCACCAGCGAUCUGAGGUCUAGCAGGUCGCUCCCUAUAAGUAACAGAUUAGUUCUCUUUCUAMCCCCGCCCCCCCCCAACCCCCUACUCUCUGCAUUCUAGUCUUCAAACUUAGAAAUUCUACAGGGCAGUUACCCACCCCRGAAGAGGUUCAUCAUUAUGGGAAAAAUUAAAAACAAAAAACAAAAAACAAAGGGUACAAAGGUCG